AUGCCGAAUAAGCCCGGUGAAUGCAAUAAGCCCGGACAUAUCAAACCCAAUUGUCCUAAAUUGAAAAAGAAGUCAAAGAAAGAGAAGCUGAAGCAGGCAUUCGUAGCUGCUUGGAGCGAUUCAUAUGAUUCUAAUUUUGAAAGCCAAAGUGACCAAGAAGAAACUGCCAAUAUUUGUCUGAUGGCUACUAUCAAUUCUGACUCCAAGGAAAUCAGUUCUCCAACUUCAACACAGAAAGUUAAAAUCAAUGAAACAGAUGCAACAGUUCAAAAGCUUGAAGAAAACAAUGUGUGCCUAAGGAGUGAGCUGAAAAUAGAAAUGUGGUAUAUAGACAACGCUUGCUCUAGGCAUAUGACUGGUGAUAGAAAGAAGUUCACUAGAUUAGAAAAGAAAAAGGGAGAAUCAGAAAAAGAACAAGAAAAGGAAACUGAAGAGAAAAAGGAUUCUGAAAAGGUUGAGAAAGAAAAGACAAUAGAAGAAGCCAGUGAUGCAGAAACAGAGAAACUGGAAUUGAGUGAAGAAGAUAGGUCAACUGAGGUCAAGGAUGAAAAAGAAUCUGAAAUUUUAUCAACUCAAAAGAGUAAAGAAGCUAUGCUGGGCAAAAUUGAAAAAGAGCUUAUCGAGGAACAUAAUAAGGAGAUCGAUGAGGUGAUAAAACAAAGUAAAGUUGUGAUUGAGCAUGAUCAGUCCCUCAUUGAAGCCUUAGAAAGAAUGACGAAUGUUAAUGAGAGAAAGCUAGCUACUCUAAAAGUCAAGAGAACACCCUACACUCUUGCCUCAGAAAAACCAAAGAAAGUAAAAGAAAGUAAAGCACACUGCGGGCAAACACAGAGUUCAUGGAAGAAAGCCUCCACUGCACCCUUCUUCUAA